UUUUUCAAUUCAAUUUGUGGAAGUUUGCUCAUCACACUUAAUAUUGAUCUCGUACAUACAGCAAGCCAUGCCUAACAAUGCCUUUUCUGUGGAUGCAUUGCCAGACCUAUCUGGCAAACUGUACGUCGUCACAGGCGGAAAUGCUGGCAUAGGAAAAACGACUGUUGCCGGUCUAGCUAGCCGUGGGGCAAGGGUUUAUAUGGGUGCGAGGAGCGCAGAGAAAGCUGAGAAUGCCAUUACGGAUCUCAAACGAGAGCUUGGAAAUCCACGGGCUGAUAUCGUUUUCUUGAAACUCGACCUUACUGAUUUUAAGUCUGUUGUCGAGGCAGCUCGGGAGUUGAGAAGUAAAGAGACUGCUCUACAUGGACUUAUUAAUAAUGCUGGUAUUAUGGGCGUGCCAUUUUCACGAACGAAAGAUGGGUACGAAAUCCAGUUUCAGACAAACUACCUCUCCCACUGGCUCUUCACCUAUCAUCUCCUGCCACUACUGCAAUCGACAGCUUUGCCACAGCCAGGGACCGCGCGUAUCGUAAACGUCACAUCGGACGGCCACGAGAGAUUCAGGUUGAAGGAAGGAAUCCGGCUGGACGAUCCAAACUUGGAGUCUGAGUCUGCAAUGGUCAGAUACGGACAUUCAAAACUGGCAAAUAUACUCCAUACGAGGCAGUUGAACGCCGUGUAUGGGCCGAAGGGGAAGAAACCGUCCGGUAUAAUAGUAGCUGCAGUCCAUCCAGGGCAUAUUGACACAAAUCUCAACAAACAGGCUACCGGCAUGGCACCAGCCGCUGUUCUACGUAUCAUGACCCCAAUCAUGAAAUGCACCGGAAUUCUAGAUCACGAGGCCAAAGGAGCAUUAUCGUCGCUAUUUGCGAUUGCAGACCCGAACUUCACUGAAUCUGGUGCUUACAUUGUUCCAUAUGCUAAAAUUGGAAAACCGAGCCAGAUGGCUAAAGAUGAUCAGUUGGCAGAGAGACUUUGGGAGUGGACUUUCGAGAUGUUUCAGGAAAGGGGCUAUUUGUAGUCUACUUGAAUGAUGGUUGCUUUCAGCCAAUUGGUGUCUAAAUGGUCUGUCGGGCUGAUGGAUGAUGGUUGUUAUAUAAAUUGAAGUAUAGAAUUCAGACUGGCCUGUAUUCUUUGUCAACGACUUCAGGCGAGAUCAGGAAAAGGCACAAUUCGUGAUAUUGAGAUACAAGUUGGAUUGUUACACUAGUUAAUCUGCUUUAGAUCAACGUUGUCGCCUGCGGAAAGUAUUAUAACUUGCC